AUGGUGGCAUCGCCUUCGUCGCCCAACGACUUUGUGGGGCGGGAGCGGGAGCUGCAGCAGAUCACCGAGUUCGUGGACGCCAACCACCCGCGGCACGGCAAGCCCCGCGCUACCAACCUCGUCAUCCUCCUCUACGGUCUCCCCGUGGUGGGUAAAUCCGCCCUCGCUCGGCGUCUGAUGGCGGAGUUUGCGGAGCGGUAUCCGGACUUCCACUUCCAGAUCAACAUGAAGGGCGUGGCGUCGGCGUCGGGCUACAUCUCCCUCACCGACGCCAUGGUGGGCGUCAUCCGCUCCGUACACCCGACCCUGACCCUCCCCCUUGACAACCUGCCCGCCAUCCGCGGGAUCUACGAGUCGUGCUUCAAGGGACGGCAGUGCAUGCUGCUGAUCGAGAACGUGGGCUCGGUGGAGCAGAUCACGCCCCUCCUGCCCGUCACCUCCAAGUCCUGCCUCGCCGUCGCCACCUCGCGCAAGGACCUCUCCCUUGACAUCGCCCUCGGCACCGAGACAACGCUGUCGGUGAAGCUGAGUGCCAUGACGCCUGGCGACGCCGCGCAGCUGGUGCAGAGCCUGCUGCCCCACGCGUCUGCCGACGAGGCGCGCGAGCUGGCGCGGCUGUGUGGAGACCUGCCGCUGCCCAUUCGCCUCAUCGGCGGUCUGAUGGCGAUGCUGGAGAGCUCGCUGGGCGUAGCCGACGAGGAGUAUCCGCCCGAAGUCUACGACGCGAUGCGCUCCCUUUGCCUCUUCCCGGCCACCUUCGACGGCUGUGCCGCUACGGCCCUCCUGGACAAGACGUACGAGGAAGCGGAGGACAUAUUGGGGGUGCUGCUGGAGUAUUCGCUGCUGGACUUUGACCUGGCGACUGGGCGCUACCACAUGAACGAUCUCGUCCGCAGCCACGCCCUGCACAAGGCCCUCGCCGCCGACGCCCACGUCGUGGAGGCCCUGCGGGAGCGCUUCGUGCGGUACUUCCUGGGCCAGCUGAGCACCUGCCGCGCCCUGCUGGUCCAGCAGCCUGGCCCCGCCGCUGACGACCCCUCGCGGGGCGACACCUCUUCUUCUUCAGCGGCCAAGGAGCGCGCCACGCUGCUCUUCACACGCGAGCGAUACAACUUUGACGCCUGCGCCAAGUUCCUCCGCCAGAGCCCCGCCCUCGGCCAGGGCGCACUCGCGCUGGAGUUCGCCGAGACGCUCGCGGCCGUCACGUGCUGCUUAGGCCACACCGCCGCCACGCCCUCUCUAUCGGCAGUUGCACCCACGCCGACACCUCUGAUGGCGGCCCCUUCCGCCGCCGCUGCAGCGGUGGUACCACGGGACGACCCGGCGGCAGAACCCAAGACCGGCUGA